AUGACAACCAUUUCACAAUUUAUACCUUCGCGAAACGAGGGGCUUGAUGAAGAAACUACGACAAAUGUUGUUUUCCCUCCUCAAAAAUCAUCCAAAGCACCUCGACGACGAAUGGGUAGUUCAAAUAUGCAGCAUCCUAUUCAGAAUCCUGUGAUGUCUAUUCCAGACGUCCCUGCAAUUCCAAAAACUUACGCGAAACACGUAGCUGUUCUUCCUAAGAUUGGUAGAGAUGCAAGUGGCAGGUUUUCCGUAGAGCAUAUCAAAGAAGACAAGCCAGCACGCAUGGGUAAGGAAGAACCAGGAGAAGUAUCGAGGAAAGAACCGGUAGAAGAUUCGAUAGACAUAUACGCGAAUUACACGAUAGGGACUUGGGAUGCUGUGUUGAGGAAUAGUCCGGGUGAGGUGAGUCCUCUUAGUUCGUGUGAGGAUUUGAAUAGGAUUGUGAGCGGAAAGGCUUGGGAUGGGGAGGGCAGGGAUGGAUGUUUGAGUGGGGAGAUGCGUGAAGAGAGUCCGGUUCUGUUGUCGCAGCUUAUACAUCCGUCUACAAGAUCUCCCGCACGCAUACCCGCCACAGUAUCUACCUCUCAACAUCUACCUCUUUCUCUCCUCACUCCCCCACAAUCUCCACUAUCCCUACAACGCACUCCCGAGUCAACCCUCUCAAACACAACCCCCCCCCCCAUUUCUCCCCUCCACAGCGAUCCCAGCAUCCCCCUCAUCCGACCUCUCCAAAUCAGGAAAAAGAUCCCACCUCCUGCAUCAAUGAAAAUCGAAACGGACAAUUUGCAAGAGAUCGAGGCACGGAGGAGACAGAGAGAGCAGAUGGAGGAAGAAUUUAGGAGAGCGGAUGAGAGAUUGAGGAGAUUGAGGGAUGGGAGGGGAGGGUUGUGA